GUGACUCUUUUGUGAGCCCAAAAGAGUUUCUCUCACUUUCUCUCAGAGAGAGACAGAGUGAAUGAGUGAAACUGGAGCGAGAGCUUCAAAUGCAAGAGCAGGAUGAUGAUGAAGGGCUGUGCUUCCAGUUUUUUUUGACCACCUCUUCUGCACAGGGUGAUACCCUGCCAGGCCUGACAUUCACAAGUCUGGGCCUAUUCUCAACCACCCGUCUCCUCUGGUGGAGGACAGAGGACUGCUCGUGAGGAACUCCCUCCCUGAGGCGGACCUGUUGGUCGUGGUGUUGGAGAACACACUGCACAUCCUCUGACCCUGACUACUCAAAAAGUGCCACAGACACCCAAGCAUGAGGAGCACAGUGUGUGAGCAGAUCGGGAACACCCCGCAAUUCCCCAACGUAACCCCACACCCCCACACACCCCCCGACCCCGAGGGGACCUGGCACGACCCGGGGGACGUCAAACCGUCUCGCAGUCUACUGGGACUACCGGAGCUGGGCUGGCCGGACAUCUUCCAGUCAUGCAGUGAGGCGAUGGACGCCGAAGACGAGCCCUGUCUUCAGAAGGCCGCACCCCACAGCCUGAGCCCCGCAGAGGCACUGGGGGAGGUGGUCCACAGCAGUCCCAGCAGCAGCUCUCCCUCACUGCUGGACGGCCAGGCAGAGGAGGGCUCCCUGGAGCAGGUGCAGACGAUGGUGGUGGGAGAGGUGCUGAAGGACAUCGCCACGGCCUGCAAGCUGCUCAACAUUGAAGCAGAUCCCCUGGACUGGAGCUGCGUACACGUGCAAAAGUGGCUGCUGUGGACGGAGCACCUCUACAGACUGCCCCAGUCGUGUAAGAUGUUCCAGGAGCUGACGGGGAAGGACCUGUGCUCCAUGAGCGAGGAGGACUUCAGGCAGCGCUCGAUGCAGUGUGGGGACAUGCUGUACGCUCACCUGGACAUCUGGAAAUCAGCUGCUGGUAUGAAGGAAGGGAGAGAAGGCAAAUCCAGUGGUGAUAACGCGUGGUCAGAAGUGGUCUCUCACUACCCCAGCCAGCCUAUCCACCUGUGGCAGUUCCUCAGGGAGCUGCUCCUCAAGCCCAACAACUACAGCUUCUGCAUCCGCUGGAUCAACAAGGAGAAAGGGAUAUUUAAGAUAGAGGACUCAGCUCACGUGGCCAGGUUAUGGGGCAUCAGGAAGAACCGGCCAGCUAUGAACUAUGACAAGCUGAGUCGAUCCAUACGCCAGUACUACAAGAAGGGCAUUAUCCGCAAGCCAGAGGUUUCCCGGAGGCUGGUGUACCAGUUUGUGAACCCUGUAUGAUAAUGUCCAGCGGAGCCUCAGAAAAGGAAAACAGGAAAGGACAAAGGAAAAUAACUCUUUCUUAUUUUUCGAUUUUAAAGACUGCCUACUAGAAAGAUAUGCACUCCUGCCUGUUUUGUUAUGAUUUUUUCAAUCAGAAUAAUGGGUUGUUAUUCUUUUUACUGUGUUGUACUACUCCCUGAUGAAUGGCACUUGGUUUUUCUGUUGUUUUUUCUCCCCCCUUUACCUUGUGUUACCUUGUGUAGAGGGGAGGGAGAUGUGACUCACUAUAUUUUCAAGCUCUAAUUCCAAAGAAGGUAGGUAUUUAGUAGAUAGCCGUGCCUUGCACAAUUCUUUUGGCUUUAUAUUUGGUCAUUGUCUAAAACAAUAAAGCAUUUCUCAGUUCUCAUGAG